CUCAGCGGGCCGCGGAGAGCGGACCUGGCGCUGGGCUGCGGCGCUGUGAGCCGGUGCGCGCCCCGGGCGGCCGCGCUUUCCCAAAAAACCUUGAUUUUAGUCAGAUACUUCAUUGCUCAUCAAAGGAAACCAUACGUGAAGUGAAAGUCUAACGUGUGAAGAUACAGAAACUGCUUUGGUUGGUUCAAAAUGGGAACAACAAGUGAUGAGAUGGUGUCUGUGGAGCAGACCUCCUCCUCCUCCUUCAAUCCUCUGUGUUUUGAAUGUGGCCAGCAGCACUGGACAAGAGAGAACCAUUUAUACAAUUACCAGAAUGAAGUAGAUGACGACCUGGUCUGCCAUAUUUGCCUUCAGCCUCUGUUGCAGCCACUAGACACCCCCUGUGGACACACGUUCUGCUGCAAGUGCCUCAAAAACUUCUUACAGGAGAAGGAUUUUUGUCCAUUGGACCGGAAAAGACUCCACUUUAAGUUGUGUAAGAAGUCCAGUAUUCUAGUUCAUAAGCUUCUGGACAAAUUAUUAGUGUUAUGUCCAUUUUCUUCAGUGUGCCAAGAUGUCAUGCAACGCUGUGAUCUGGAGGCACAUCUUAAAAACAGAUGUCCUGGAGCUUCUCAUCGGAGACUUGCUCUAGAAAGGAGGAAAACUGAUAAAGCUCAGACAGAGAUUGAGAAUGAAAAUGGAACCACUGUAAUAGAUCUUCCAGGUACUUUAUCCCUCGAAACGGACUGUUCAGGGACAGGCACAGUGCCUGCUGAGCGCAGCUUGACAUCAGCGUCUCUGCCCGCGUGGCCUGAGGAGCCUGGCCUGGACAACCCCGCCUUCGAGGAGAACACGGCCACUGACACUACGCAACAGCCGGUUAGUUUACCGGAAGGCGAAAUUACUACAAUUGAAAUUCACCGGUCUAAUCCUUAUAUUCAGCUAGGAAUUAGCAUUGUGGGUGGCAAUGAAACGCCACUGAUUAACAUUGUUAUCCAGGAAGUCUAUCGGGAUGGGGUGAUCGCCAAAGAUGGAAGACUUCUUGCUGGAGACCAAAUUCUUCAGGUUAAUUCAUCUAAUGUAUCAUUUGUGUCUCACAACUAUGCCAGAGCCGCCCUUUGCCAGCCCUGUACCACGCUGCACCUAACCGUGCUGCGAGAGCCGUGCUUUGGGGGCCGGACCUACAGCCACUUCGACUGUAGCUCUCCCCAGGAAGAGGUCUUCCACGUAGUCUUUCACAAACGGGACUCUGGUGAACAACUUGGCAUUAAACUCAUUCGAAGGACCGAUGAACCAGGUGUUUUUAUCCUUGAUCUGUUGGAAGAGGGCCUGGCUGCACAGGAUGGAAGGCUGAGCAGCAAUGACUGAGUGCUCGCCAUCAAUGGACAUGACCUGAAGCACGGAACCCCUGAGCUUGCCGCCCAGAUCAUUCAUCCUAGUGGCGAGAGGGUGGAUUUAACAAUUGCUAGGCUGGGGAAAUCCCAGCCUGGUAACCCUGUCCAAGACGCAGGAGCUCAGAGUACCAGCCAGCACCAUGCACAGCCGCUGUACCAAAACAGACCCAGCUCACACAAGGAUCUUACCCAGUGUGUUACAUGCCAAGAAAAACACAUUACUGUAAAGAAGGAACCACAUGAGUCCCUGGGAAUGACAGUGGCGGGGGGCAGAGGAAGCAAGAGUGGUGAACUGCCCAUCUUUGUAAGCAGUGUGCCAGCUCAUGGCUGUCUGGCACGUGAUGGCCGCAUCAAAAGAGGUGAUAUAUUGCUGAAUAUCAAUGGCAUUGAUUUGACCAAUUGAAGUCACAGUGAGGCCAUGGCUAUGCUAAAAGCCAGCGCCGUGUCCCCUGCUGUUGUCCUGAAAGCACUUGAGGUCCAGAUUGUCGAGGAGGCAGCCCAGGCUACCGAAGAGCAGCCAGGCCCCUUCAGCGAGAAUGAGUAUGACUCCAGCUGGUCCCCGUCAUAGGUCAUGUGGCUUGGGCUUCCAAGUGCCCUUCAUAGCUGCCAUGAUAUUGUUUUACGAAGAAGCUACUUGGGAAGUUGGGGCUUUAGUAUUGUUGGUGGAUAUGAAGAGAACCACACCAAUCAGCCUUUCUUCAUUAAAACCAUCGUCUUGGGAACUCCUGCUUAUUAUGAUGGAAGAUUAAAAUGUGGAGACAUGAUCGUAGCGGUCAACGGCCUGUCAACCGUGGGCAUGAGCCAUUCUGCACUAGUGCCCAUGUUGAAGGAGCAGAGGAACAAAGUCACUCUGACAGUUAUUUGCUGGCCUGGAAGCCUGGUGUAGGUUUUGAAAUCAGUUUUGAAUCUGACUGUCUUCCUUUUGAAGGCUUCGGGAAGAAACCCCUUUUGUUGGAUUGUGUUUCCAGUUGAAAGCCACAGGCACAGCUGGUAUUUGCAGGACCCAAACCACUGAGAUUGUCCUGUUGUUAUUAGUAGAAGGGCUUUCUUCAAGUUAGGCACGUUUCUUUUAGCUUGGGAACAGUCUUCCACUAAGCCUCGUAAGUUCAUAUUUUCAAAACUGGGACUCUCCGUUGUCAGAAUGGGACCUACUAUAACACAAGAAGUGUGUGCAGACGGCGACCGAGCCAGCUGGAUUAGAGAACUUGGGGCAGUCCUUUGUUUCCCCUAACCGAGUCAUAGGAUGAGUUCCGCACCCCAGUGCUGGGGCCGUUGCACUCCGCGGUGGUGGCAUUCACUGCCCCUGUUGCAGCCAGUGCCACAAAUGGGUACAGACAUCUUCCGUGGAGCCAGCAGCCCUUCCCCAUCCACCCCCCCGUCAGUGCCAACAUUUCAAAACUUCUCACUGUUUAUAAAAUGAUUUUUCUGACUUGUUUGAUUUCUCCUUUAAUCUCUUAGUACUCGUAGAUGAUGAAGACAGAAGUCUGACACUACUAAAGAGCUUUUCAAAAAAUAAUAUACCAUUAAUUAGAAUACUAGAUAAUCAAAGAUCAUGUUUUCCAUUGACAAAGGCAUUUGGGAGGUAAUUAUAAUUUAGUGCUGGAGAAGGUAAAAGUCACACUUAUUGCAGAAUUCCAAAAGCAUUAAAGAUUCCUUUCCAAAGGAAUGUUUUGUUAUGCAGGGAAAUUUUGAAGCCGUUUUUGCUAAAAUUCGUUUUCUAGAGUUUGUAUUAUACUUAUCAGCAGUCUUGGCUGGACGUGCUUUUUUGUGAUUUAUGCAGUUAAACUAAAGAUAAAGCCGUGUUGCUAUUCCACACACCUUCAACUAUAUUGCAGCUCAGUGUAGGAGAAGGUAGACCUUUUGUAUUUCAUUCCAAGAAGAGCCUUCAGUGUUCUAGAAGUCCUUAUUUUUUCCCCAUUAUUUCUUGUGAACUUAAUUAUUUCAAGAAAAAGACUGAAGAGUCCAGGAUUUUUAUCUAAAAUAGUAGGUUUUAGAUGUUAAUAUCUUUCAGUCAUUUCUUGGUCACUAGGCUAUUUCUUAUUUUUCUAAAUGUUUUUGAAAACUACAACCAGCCCGUUUUAUUAGUCCUUCAU